UCUGUCAAUCCUAUAAAGCGGAGCAGCAUUUCUUGAUCAUAUCAUAAAGCGAGGAUCGAUUAUUUUAACACGACGGAAAGCUGGUUAUUCGACAAAAGACAAUGAAUAAGAAAGGGUCCUUGGCUUUGAUGGGCCUGGCAGUCUGUUUGGGAGCUCUGCCAUCAUCCACUGAGGGAUUUGGUAUCAAGGUCCACUCCUGGCCGGGAUUCGAUGACGAUGUUGACUUUUGGCCAGAUAUCGACGAAGACCUCUGGAGAUCUCCGCUGGGAGUAAACCUGGACCAAUGGCCCAGAUUUUCCGUCCUAGACUCCGAUACGUUCCUGGAAAGGCCGUCACCAAAUGAGCGGAGAUGUCGUGGAAAACGUGCCGUAGAUCGAGCGACAGAAACUGGCGACGAGGCGAAAAGACCUAGACACAGCGCCGAAGACAUAGGAAGGUGUGGUGAUAAUGAAGCUCGUCAAAUACAUUGCCAGGGCAAUAGCUUUCAAAGUGAAUCGAAGGGUAACGGAGCUGGUGUCUGGAAUCCGAAUAGAUGUAGUGGGGAACCGGAUGAGAAUUCAGAACACACGCGCCGUCGGAGUGAAAUUGAAAAAAAACGCGAUGCUGAGAUGGAAAGAUUGCGAAAUGAACAAAGAAUGUUGAAGGAACAGGAAGGAAAGUACAAAGACGAACUCAAUAAGUUGAAGAAGAAACGACAGGAGUUGCAGGAGGCGGUGAAACAGCACAGACGUGAUGAACAGAUAGAGGAAGGAAGCAGACGAUAUAGAAGGGAGGAGGAGGCGAGACUCAGACCUGAGCCGGAGGAACGGCUGCGGCGUGAGGAGUUGAGAAGAAAGCUACAGGAAGAAGAGGGGAGGCAAAGGCAUGAGGAGUUGAUGCGAAUGCGGCAUAAGGAGGUGCAGAGGCAGAGGCAUGACGAGGCAUUGCGGCGGCAGAGACGGGACGAAGAGGCGAGGCUUGAACGUGACCGGCAUCAAUCGAGGCUGAGGCGUGAGGAGGAGGAAAGGGCAAUGCGGGAACAAUUAGCGCGGCAACAAGACCGAGUGAACCGGGAGCAGGAACUAGAAGGACAGCGGCUACGACCCGAAAAAUGGGUGAGGCAGGAACGACAGCGGCGGGAGGAGGAGCAUGAGAACUCGAGGCGAAAUGUACACCAACAACAAGAAGAGCAACGACAGAAUGAGGACCGGUUGGCGAAGAUACAAAGGCAGCUAAGCGAAUGGGAGGCAGUCACUAAGAGACCAAGCGAUGGGGCCUCACGCGAUUGUCAUGCAGAACCUCAAAAGCGAUCUGAUCUCGUUAUCCUAGACAUUCCGAAAGACUAUUAUCCGGAGGAGCUAAAUGUCAAAACAGAAGGACAUCAUUUGAAAGUCAAAGGUACGCAAUUUUGUAAAUGUGAGGAUGGUUGUGUGUAUAAAGAAUUCGAAAGGUCACUUAGUUUGCCUCGGACGAUUGAUACGGAUAAUUUGUCCGCUACUUUGGACUCGCACGGCCGUCUUCGAAUUAAUGGUUAUAGGUGCAGUCAAGAGGUGACUCCGUCCGACAGAACUGUCUCCGUUCGUGGUCUUGGAAUUCCAAAUUCUUCCGGGAGGACACAAUGCGCCCAGCCACAGACCGGAGUUAACAUUAGAACAAGUAGAAACACUCUGAAAAUGCCGAAAGCUUAUGAGUUUGACGAAGUGACGGGGACAUACGAUACCAUCGACGAUGACGGUGUCACGGUUGAGGAUGAGGUUUAGACGACGAUUUGGGAUGCAGCAUAUCGCUCAAAUUACUAACAGUUUUCAUGCUCGAUGGAAAUCAUGUCUGUAUACACUUGCGAUUAAUGUACAUAAUUUGAAUGUCAAUAAUGUGAUAAUCUACUAUUGGACCAGGUUUGCUGUC